AUGGCGCAGGCACGUACACGCAAAGGCCGCGCGCGGGCAGACUUGUCCGAAAGCUGGAUCGACGCCGACGUGCAUCACGAGGACGACGAUGAGGAGUGGGAGGCAGAGGAGGACAUCGAAGAGGAGGAGGCAGAGGAGGACAGCAGGCAUGGGCGCAAGAGAGACAUGCGAAGCACCCGCUUCGACACCGCCAGCGACGCCCCGCGGAAGCGCAUGACAAGAUCGAGCGCUGGGCCAGAGCUGUUGAUGCCGUCGUCGCCGAAUGCCGCCGCUGGAGGGGCGAACGGGCAUGCGAAGAAGAGGGAUGCCACGCCGCGGUUUCGCCUCAACGAGCGCAGCAUGACGGCUGGCCCGCCCAAGCCAGCAGUACAGAGCACGAGCGAUAGGACAACGACGCCGCGCUUUCGUAUGAAUGCCCGGAGCAUGACGAGCGAUGCUGGAAGCUCUGCUCGACAUGAUGGCGCGGACGAAGAAGACGACGACGAGUCGCUGGCAGGGUACGCUCGCAUGGCAUGGCGACGGAUCCUGGCGCCUCUACUCUCCUACGUGGGAGACAUUGUGGGCCUGGUGCUGGGGAAUGCGAAGCCGCUCAUCGCGUACAUCCUCUUCGCCUACUUGAUCGGAGCGGCGCUCGUCUUCAGCAGCGGCUUCCUCACCAACAGCAUCAACAACGCCCUUUCACCCAUCUGCCGCAUCCCAGGCGUGACGACCUUCUUCCACCCACCCUUCUGCCGGUCAAGCAGCGCAGGCGAUCUCGAGGGACCGGCUGAGUUUGACAAGCUGGUACAGGCGCAAAGCCAGUUUGAAGAUGUGCUCGCAGCCUCUUCCACUGGCGCAAACCUGCCCUUGGAUAUGAAGCGCAGCGAAGCCGGGAUCCGCGACCUCAAGCACGUUGUUCAGUACUCCACUCUUCCUUCCCGCAACGAGCUGGUCUACGAAUUCGACGGCUUUAUCAGCACAGCUCGCCAAGCCGGGAGCGACCUCAGCAAGUUCAACUCCCGCAUCGGCCGUGCCGUCGACCACAUCCUUAGCACAAAUCGCUGGACCCUUGGUGUAAUUGACGGGAUACGCUCUGAAGAAGCCGGCAGCGGCAGCAUCAGCAAGUUCUUCAACUCCCACCUCAACAUCUUUGCGCCAUUCCAGCCAGUCUCACUUUCCCGAGAUGUGCUGCUGGAUCAAUAUCUACGACACACCGGUGCGGUCGAGGAACAAAUCGUCGCCCUGAUCAACGAGGCGCAGGCUCUGCUUGGUAUUCUCGAAAACCUGGACGGUCGUCUCGAAGUCAUCGCCGACAUCUCCACUCGCGAUGGGCUGAAAGCGCGGGACAACAAAGACGAACUCUUCGCCUACCUCUGGACCAAGCUCGGCGGCAACCGCUCCUCCGUCAAGAAGCUGGAGGCCCAGCUGCAACUUCUGCGGGACGUUGGGCAGUACAAGCGCAUUGCCUGGGCGCACGUCACGACCACGAUUGUCAAGCUGCAGGCCAUCCGGGACAAUCUGGAGGAUUUGCGGGAGAGGGUGGCGAUGCCGGAGACGGUGGGCACGGAUAAGGUGCCAUUGGAGGUGCAUAUCGAUGCCAUCAAUCUUGGGAUAGAGCGGUUGGAGGAGCAGAGGGAUACGAAUCGAAAGGUGGAGGCGGACAAUUUCCAGCGUGUGUUGGAUAGAGCGAGGGAAGGAGAUGGGAGGAUGAUUGGUGGGAAGGAGCUAUGA